AUGGCUGGCUUGGCCGCUCUGCUCGAGUCCCUCAGGCACCAGGCAGAGGCUCUCUGCACACUCCAGGCUGUGUGGGGAGGCAGGGAAGAUGGUGCAGCCCCCCACCCUCCCUGCAGCCCCCCACAGCCUUCCUGGACUCAAAGUGACGGCACUGGCCAGCAUGGCCCAGCCCGGCCCAGCCCAGGAGAGAAAACGGAGGUGGCUGGGCUUGGCUGGGCCUGGGAGCUGGAGAAGGAGGAGAGAAAAGCCUCAGGGAAAAGUCCUGAGGAAGAAGAGGAGAGUGGAGACCUAACUCCCUUCAGCCUAGGGGAGCCCAGGCCACAGCAGCAGUCGCAGCUCAGGUUGGAGAGGCCUGAGACACUGCGAGAGAAGGCUCUGUGCAGCAAGCUGUCCCGAGUAGUCGAUGCAACCACCCAGCUUGUGACAGUAGAGCAGACCUUCCUGCUCCCUCUUGUACAGCAGCAUCCUUUUCCUCUCCACCCAAAAGACAGCGUUGAGUUUAGAAACAUCUGUAGUCACAUGGCUUUACAAAGAGAGGGACAGCAAUUUGAGAAAGACUUGCAUGAAGCACACCAGUGUCUGAAGAUGAUCAUCGAGAAGCAUAUUUGUGCACUGGCAGUUUUCCCCUCAGAAUCCUAUAUCCCAGUCCGAUCUGCUCUGAGACAAAUCCUGCAAAAUCUCCUGGCAAUGUGAAACAGCAGACUGGCCAAGGAACUAGUAUUGUGCAUGAGCUGUAAUAGUCCUGUAAAAAUUACAGAUAACUUGAAAGGUGAAUCCUGGAGAUGUUACUGUAGCAAGAGUUCCUGCUGACUUUACAUUAAUGGAGACUUCCCAAUGGAGAUGAUAUUGCUGUAAAGUAUCGAACAACCUUCUCAUAUCAAACUCAUACCAAAGUCAUAUAAAUGGGAGCUGGGAACAUCUCCAGAAGUUUUUCUUGAGGAAUGAGAAUAGAUUCUUAAAUAAUAAGGUUCCAAAAUGAAGACAGAAUGAUAGAGGCUGAUACGACAACCAUCAGAAAUCUUUGUAUUUUCAUCGCAGCUCAGGAAAAUACAUUUCCAAGUAAUUCUUUAUGGAGUGAACACUUGAUAGAGACAGAGAAAAUAUAAUGUUUAAGCAUGGAACACUUCAAGAGGAGGUAUACAGCCUGAUUAUGCUGCAAAUAAAGACAGCCUACUAAGUCUUUAUUGCAUUUUACCAUAGCCAGCCAACAAAUCAAUGGAAAGGUGAAGGUGCGAUAUCUUCCACUGAGUAAAGAAAAAGAGAAGAAAAAACAUGUGGGACCUAUGGGAUCAAUUGCUUUAAAGCAAUAAAAAGCCUUGGUAGAUGAUCCAGUGGAGGUGAAUGGAAAGCAAAGCAAAAGAGGCAUUAACACGGUGAAGCAAAGGUAUUUAUAAACUGAGGUGAAACAUUUGUGAAGAUUGCUUUGCAGAGCUUUCUCAGCCCCUGUGACUGCGUAGCAGACAGCAUAAAAUUCUGCUCUCCUACUGCCAAAUCAGGAGGGUUUAUGAAGUCACUUACUUCUGUCAAACAGCUGCAGCUGCAAUGCUGAAAAGAGGCAUUCCCUCCCUCCUCUUUUUGCAAUAAGAUUUAAUGUCUGUGUGAUUACUGAGCAGGAAUAACGGCUUGUAAAACUUUUUUUUUUUUAAGGGAUAAAUUAAGCUCCUUUUAACUGUGAUUUGGGUAGUAGGUGAGGGAAUUUUGUAGACCAUGAGAUAGAAAAGUAUCUCUUUCCAUUGGCUGGAGGAGUGAAUUUCCACAUGUUUUUUUUUUUUCUUUCUCUCUUUUUUUAUUUUAUUUUAUGUGUGAUCAUGAACAUCAUCAGCUGAAUACUUUCCGAGUGUGCUUCCAUAUUCUGAUUGAUUUGCCAUAUUUUAUGUUCACACUUUAAAUGUUACACUGGUAUCAUUCUCACAGCUAUAAUUGAGGCUACCUCGAAACACUUAUUCACUGGUUCUUAGUGUGAAUGCAGAAAACUGCCCAAGGUUGAAACUCUAGGGUAUGUCACAGCUUGGAAUUCAUUUAGAAAUGGGAAGAAAAACCAUGAAGGUUGGGUCAGAACAAG